AUGUCUCAACAAAGAGAUCCCUACGGCAUUCCCAUCAACCCGCACCGAUCCUACGAGCAGUACGGCGCCAACGCUAUGAACGAAGGCGGAGGUUUUCUUGAAACGCGCGGCCAGGGCUACGCUGAGAACAUGACCACGGAAGGUAACCCUCGCCGGCAAGAGAGGAAGACGGAGAACAUCGCCGACCAGGGCUCGGAUAGCCAGAGAUACGGAUCUGACAGCCGGGACGAUGACAUGUACGGCAUCGGGCUCGGCGGCGGCGACCGGCAUCACAUACCGGGUGAUCUUGAGGCUACCCAGGGCGAUAAUUCGUCACGUCGGCAGGAUGAGGAUUUGUAUGAGCGAGACACAGGCCUCCAGCAGCAGCAAGGGCGCCAGCAGGAUGAGGAUUUGUAUGAACAAGACGCAGGCCUCCAGCAGCAGCAAGGGCGUCAGCAGGGACGCCAGCAGCAGUCGACCGACCAAAAUCAAAAGGGGGACAGCAUGCUCGGCAAGUUGAUGGAAAAGACUGGUGGGGCUCUCGGAAACAAGCACCUCGAAGAGCAGGGCCGUGAAAAACGAAACGAUCAAAGGAACUAUGGUGAUCGCGACUGA